UGUAGUUAUUGUUUCACGGGGGACGCAAAUAAUGAGAACUCAGAACAAGUUGUUUACACCGGAAGCGUACCUUAACGUGACUUUUUCAAGCAAAUGUGACCCAGCAGGUUCAAUUAGAGUGAAUCUGAUGUCUGUUUCCUGAUAAACGGAAGCGUCGUUGCUUUGCUUUUCCAUACGGACCUCGAGAGUAGUUGGUAAAUGAUGUUAGUCGGCUACAGCAGCAGCUCGGAUGAGGAAAGUGACGGUGGUGGUGUGGAGGCAGACGCGGCGUCAGACAAUAAUAAAACGUUUUCUCUAAAAUGUCAGCAGGACAAUGAUUGCCCGUUGAAGAAGAAGCCUAAAAUAGAGAAAUCCUCUCCUACAGCAAGGCUGCCUCUCCCUGGUUGUUUGCUUUCCAUGUUUCCAGAAGAUGUGGACACACAGGCUGAGGACAGCUCUUUCCAUGAUGGGCGUAUACGCUCCUUCAAACAUGAGAGAGGAAACUGGGCAACCUACGUUUAUUUUCCAUAUAAACCUGAAGAGGAAUUUGGGGAGUUAAUGGAGGUGCUUCUCUCGACCGCAGCUGCCUUUGGUGUGGUUUUGACCGCACAGGAGGAAUUUCAUCUCAGCCUGUCUCAGACAGUGGUCCUGAGACACCACUGGAUCCAGCCCUUCAUACAGGGUCUCAAGGCAGGCCUGGUCCCCUACAAAAGGUUUGUGUGCUCGGCAGCAAGACUGAAGGUCUAUAGUAAUGCUGAGAAGACAAGAACCUUCUUAGGGAUGGAGGUUGCAACUGGCCAUGCUGAGUUAUUAAAUGUGGUCCGAGUGGUGGACAGAACGUUGACAGACUAUCACCUGGACACUUUUUAUCAGGAUCCAUCAUUCCACGUAAGCCUGGCUUGGUGUGUUGGGGACUUCACUAUGCAACUGAGGAAAUGCCUUCAUGAGCUUCAGAAUUUGGUUGAUAACCAUGAAGAGGAACCAUAUCAUCUCUGGUUGGACUGUGCAGAGUUACGCUGCCGGACAGGAAACAAGACCUUCCGCUUCCCUCUGGGUGCUUAAAACUGGAUGUUACAGCAUAUUCUGGCACAUGGCGUUUCGUGGGUAAUACAGGGGUUCCUCAGUUUAUGGUCUUGAUGUAUGAAAUUUUGAGGUUGCGCAUGACACUGAAUGGAUUCAAUUCCACAGCCAGCGGCGUAAGAAUAGGCCAUCACACCAUGCUCAAUUACUGCCAUACUUUUUGAUAAUGUUAUACUUAUGGCUUGUGUGUGUUUUUCAUACACACAUUUACUGUAACUUUAACUUAACGACCCUCUAUAACGUAGAGUGAGAAAAUAAAUUGAACGGCAUGUCCAACGUACAUAAUUAGCGCAAUGAAGUCAAAUGAUGUAUUUUUUCAGCCCGCUUGCCUGAGUGACCUCACAGCAAAGGACAAUCCAGGUUCACACACGUUCCCACCAAAUUACUGAUGGAUGCCAGUGUGACGUCUUCAACGUUUUUCAAAUUACGAGAGAAAUUUUUUCCCAAGCAGAUACCCAACUACUCUUUAACUACACAGUUGAUUUUUUUAAAAUACAUUUUUGUAUUAAGCUUGUCACUGAAUUCAGGUAUUUGAUGAUGUAAUGUUUGGAUGUAAUAUUUUUUGUGAAUAAAGUUACAAAUCAUUUACCGUU